AUGCCUACCAUGUCAAAUGACAAUAUAAUACUCCCAUCAGUCUCGUCUUUAUCGAAACUAACUAUUAACGAUGUAUCAAAGUCAGGAUUUGGAUACAAUCCAUCAAUAGGACCAAUAUCGAAUACUAUAACCCUGGAAUCGUCACUGAUAUUAUUAAACAAGCGUACAGUAUCACUAACCCCAACAUCGUCUGACUCAAUCUACGCUAGGAAUAUUAUUACAAAAAAACCUCACGAAAUCAACUUGUCUUCGUUAUCAUUCUUGUUUUGUGAGAUCAUUAGUUGGGCACAUUCUAAUUCCAAAGGAAUUCAAGACUUGGAGAAUCGGCUAAAUGGAUUAGGCUACCAAAUAGGCCAACGAUAUCUUGAGUUGUGUAAAAUAAGAGAAGGGUUCAAAAACAGUAAACGAGAAAUUAGAAUUUUAGAGAUAUUACAAUUUAUUCAUGGUCCUUUUUGGAAAUUGAUUUUUGGUAAAACUGCCAAUGAAUUAGAAAAAUCUCAGGAUUUGCCAAAUGAAUAUAUGAUUGUUGAGAAUGUACCAUUAUUCAAUAGAUUUAUCAGUAUACCCAAAGAUUACGGAGACUUAAAUUGUUCUGCAUUUGUUGCAGGUAUAAUUGAAGGAGCACUUGACAAUAGUGGAUUUGGUGCUGAUGUUACAGCACACACAGUUGCCACAGAUGUAAACCCAUUAAGAACAGUAUUUUUGGUCAAGUUUGAUGAUUCUGUUUUAACUAGGGAGAGUUUGAGAUUUGGAUAA